AACAGUGAACCAACAAAAAAUGAACAAAUCAAAAUUUGUAUUAUCAGAUGACGCAAGAACAGCAUUCCAUGAACUCAAGAAGAUAUUAACAACCGAUCUUAUCCUCGGGCUACCUGAUGAUACAUUACAAUUUAAAAUACAAAGUGAUGCUAGUGUCGAUGGAAUUGGCGCUGUUUUAUUACAAAUUACUUUUAAUGGUGACCGACCAUUAGCAUAUAUGUCGAAGAAAUUAACGAAAACACAAACAAACUGGUCAACCAUCGAACAAGAAUGUUAUGCAAUAGUACAAGCAAUAGAAAAAUGGGAUAAAUAUCUUCGUGGACAUGAAUUUAUAUUAGAAACUGAUCAUGAACCAUUGGUUCAUUUUACAAACAAAGAACAAUUAACGAAAAGAUGUGAACGAUGGCGAUUAAAAUUAGCUGAAUAUCGAUUAAAGGUGAAACAUAUUCAAGGUAAGAAAAAUCAUAUGGCAGAUUAUCUUUCAAGAUCACCAGUCGACAUAGCUGAAGAAGAUAUUGAAGAACGAACUCAAUAUGAAUCUGCAUCAACACAAACAGAUUUAUCAUUUUCAUCAGUACAUAAUAAUUUAACUCCAUUAAAAAUGACAACAGCAAUUACUAGAGCUCAAGCCAAAUUACAACAACAAGCAAUGGCAACACCACCUAUUAAACCGACGAAUGAAAAAAUUAAUGAGCUCAUCCCACAAGGGAAAGUAGCGACUGAUGAAGAACUGAUAAUCAAACCAACAGAUGAAAAUCCAAACAAGAUGGAUACAGCGGAACGAGCUCGAUACGUUGAACAGCACAAGCAUGAUGCAUUCUACAUGAUAAAAAAAAAACUAAUCAAGUUCAGAAAGAAUUGUAAACAGAAACAUACGCAUUCCGUCUUG